AUGGUGAAGAUCGCUUUUAACCCGGCUUUGGCGCAGAAAGCUCUGGUCAAGGAGCCUGUCGUGAAGGACCCCGAACUCGCCACCGCUCCGGUGGGCAUCGCAGGCUCCACAGGUCGGUGUUUGGUUACAUUGCUAGGCAUAGCCUUCAUCCUCAGCGGACUCAUCGUCGGAGGAGCUUGUCUCUAUCGAUAUUUUACUCCAAAGAGGCUCUAUCACGGCACCAUGCAGUACAGUGACAUGUCAAGCAUUGGCGAUGCAGAGAGACAGCCGUACUAUCUCCCACGUGUUGAGGAAGAGGUGGAAAUUUCUGACAGCAUGGCCGUCAUUAGCGUCCCACCUCCCCGUUUCAGACCCGGAGACCCUGCUUACAUCCUCCAUGACUUCAACAGGAAGCUUACUGCAUAUUUGGACUUGACUCUGAAGACCUGCUUUGUGAUUCCACUGAACACAUCGGUUGUGUUGCCUCCUCAAGACCUCAUUGACCUCUUCUCACAGUUGAGGUCUGGCUGGUACCGCAGCUACCUGGUGCAAGAGGACCUUGUGGUAACCGAGCGCAUUGAUGACAUCAAGCCUUUGGGAUUCUAUAUCCGUAAACUGUGCACCGGCAAGGAAACGUACAGAAUGGAGCGCCGUGCCAGCCUACCAGGUGGAGGUAUUCAGAAGCGCGCCGCAGAGGAGUGUUUCACCUUCAAUCACUUUGAAAACAAGUUUGUGACCGAGACUCGGAUCUGCAAGGCGUGA